AUGUAUGGAUUAUUUGAAAGUCCAAAAAAUUGGUUGGGUGAACACUAUGGUACUACUAAUAUUAAUUCAAAUAAGAACAUUUUCAAUCGAAAUGAAAGCAUCACAUUACCAUCGCAUACAGAUCAGUUAUAUCUACGUAUUGGUGAAACAAAAUGGAAAAGAAGAUAUCUUCAUAUAAAUCCAGAUGGUUUAUUUUUCAGUAAACAAAAAUCAUUCGAUAAAAAUUCUCUAAGACGUUUGAAUAUAUUUCAACCAAACUUGUAUUUAUUUUGUACAAUGGCGAAUCAGAAUGAUUCAGAAUUGCCAACUCCAUUUCGAUUAGUUAUACGGCCUAAUUCAAGUCAACAUGUAGAUCCACGAAUGACUGUUGAAAUGUGUGCUCUUAGCGAAGACGCAUGGAAAAUAUGGUAUUCUCUACUUCGUAUCGCUCUGUUUGGUAAAAGAUUAUACACUAAUUAUAUUGUCAGAUCAGAUAUUGUGAAAAUUCAUCGUGAAAACUGUUCACGUAUGGACUAUCAACUCAGGAGUUCAUCAAAUUUUAGCUCAAUCACCGACAGACCAACAUCAUUAGCUACAUAUGACUUAGAAAAUGAACAAAUACUAGGCGAUGUACACUCCUCCAUUGGUGCUAGUUCAAAGACAAGCUCUAUAGAUAUCGGAUUUCCACCAAAAUCAAACAGUUAUAGUGUAACUGAUCUAACUAAACCUGUAUACUUAAAUUCAUCAUCUAUGAAUGGUAAUCAUCACCACCACCAUCAUCAUGAUUAUCGACCAAAUGAAGCUUCAAGUUUAACUAGUCUAACUCUCUAUCCAAUACAAACAUCAAGAGAACAAUCAGUGAAUCGUCAAAGUCGGCUGGAUAGACGAAAUAUCAAAUCAGUGAAAAAACGUAUCUUUGGCUCAGGACCAUCUGCACGUCGGUGUACACGGUCUAUUAGUCAAAUUAGUUCACCAUUUAAUAUUACUUUACCGCAAUGGAUGCGUGCUAGCUAUGAAGAUAAAGUGAAUGAACGAUUUAAUGAAACAGUAUUAUAA